AUGUCCGAAGAGAAUCGCCGGGUCUCCACGACCCCGAUCCCCGUGCCAAUGCCCUUCGGCGGGCUCCAGCCACCCGUGCAGCCCUCGUCGAGCACUCUGGGCCAAACGCCUGCCGCCGUGGCUCCGCCGCCUGCACCCGCUGCUGCUACUGCUGCUGGCACAGAAGACGCAACCACCACCGAGACGACUGCUGCGGCGACAACGACCGAGGCUUCCACCGAGCCCACACCCAAGGACAAGGACAUCACCAUGACAGACGCCGACGCCGCUGCCUCCCCCGCCCGCCAGAGUGCCGCGAGCCCGGCUCCCACGUCGGGAGGAGCACCCGCAGGACGAACAGGCACGCCGCUGCGUACGACAAACGGCGCGCAGCAGCAGGAGCCGGCCAGCAACACGUCGCGCGCGGCGUCAGCCCAUCCCGACCCGGGCUUCACCAUGCCGGCCGAGGCGCCGCCGCAUGGUGCUUCGGUGCGGCAAUACCUGAACACCAGGGUCACGGGCGUCUUGCUGGAGGGCAUGAAGCUUCUUGCCAAGGAUAUGCCAAAGGAUCCCCUACGAGUGCUUGGCGAAUUCUUGCUGCAGCGGUCAAAGGAGAUUGAAGGUUCGACAGCUUGA